UUUAUAAUUACUACAACUUGUUUACUUUUUGCGCGACUACUUUAAUCCUUAUCCGAUCCAUGUAGAAAAUAUUAAGGGUCUAUCACAAUACUAAAAUUGUUCAUGUAUUGUAACGUGUAGUAAAUUUAUUUACCGUACGUUAAAAAUCAUAUUUACAUCUGAUUGUGAUGUCUACUUCUACUCAUCUAAUCUACUCUAACUAACUUAUAACUUCUUUGACUUCUACAAGCCCGAUUUUAGGCGUAGGUACUUAAUCAAAAUUUCAAUUCAAAGUCAUUGUUGGUGUAUAUUAAUAUUAAUUUAUUAAUGAAAAUGAUGCGCAUAAAAUAUACAUAUGAUAUAUUAAUAACAGUAUAUAAAUAUAAUAUACCUAAAUAUCUGAUACCAGUAACUUAAAUAUUAGAAAGGGCUCUAUUUCCUUAAUUUUAAAAAAAAGUUUUCAUGCCAUAUUGUGGCUCUAAUUAAUAAGGUUCUAAUAGUAAUAGUAUUAGUCUAUACUACUUCUGUUGUGCAACUCAAUCUUUUAAUUAUAUACCAGAGUCUAAUACUAGUACAGGAUUGAGUAGUAGUACUAUUACUUCACUUAAAAUUUCAAAGUUGUUAUAUAUUAAUGAAACUUAUAUCAUUAGAAAGGACUCAGUAUUUCCUUUCCAUUGAUACCUAGUUUAUCUUCAUAUCUUAAUUAGAACAAAAGUUAUGGCAUUUUUAGUGUCAGAAUUUUUCCUUAUAUAGCCUUAGUAAAUAUUUUCCAAAAUUCUGUGACCGAAAAAAAGACAUCCUUGACACUCAAAAUGCGAUAACUUUAUUCAUCAAAGUUAAAGCUUUGAAAUUUGCAACGCAUUUCAAUUAAGUUUUUGGCUUUAAUAAUAAAUCAUUGUUAUGCAAAUACUACAAUAAACAUAUUAAUAUGACAUUAAUGUGUGUGAUUUGAUGAACAGAGGGUACGUAAAUUUCAUUUAAAACGUAGCCCCUGCUCUCAAUACUCAAAAUGCCAUAACUUUUUUACCUGUGAAGAUAAAGCUUUCAAAUUUUCAGCACAGUUUAAUUAGAUAUUGGGCUUUUAUAACAAGCCAUUUCCAUAUUAAUAUUUUGACUUAUGUAUUAAUGCGCAGGAUUUGACGAACAGAGGUUAUGUAAAUUUCAUUAAAAACAUAGCGCCUGUUCUCAAUGCUCAAAAUGCCAUAACUAUUUUCCCUGUAAAGGUACUAAGUAAUGUAUCAAUUAGUAAAAGUAUUAGAAAGCUACAAGUCUACAGGACUUCCAUUACAGACACUUCAGGCUAUUCUUGAAUUUUUGGAUGAGAGUGAAUAAUGUCUUUUAGUUUUAGUGAGGAGUCCUAGAGUUGAGUAGAAAAAAUAUUGAGUGGAAACAGUACAUCUGGAUUAGGCUCUAUCAGUAACAUAAUUAAAUGUGUGAAAAAUGUGCAAUAGCCCUGGUUUGGUACUUCUGAGGUUUAUAUUUAACAUAACAUAGUAUAGUUAAGUAGUAUCAAAGCAUAAAAAUGCAUUUUUAUACUAAUUUAUAGCCUAUAAGAUAUUUAACAUGCAAAAAUCCUUGUACCGGUAGCACAAAUAUGGCAGCUGGUAGAAUGUACUGAAUAAGCAUGCCUGGUAGAUGUGCAUGCAUCGACCAUGCUUCACUACUCUGGAAGAAUGUACUGAACAAGCAUGCCUGGUAGAUGUGCAAUAUAAAAUGAGUAAAACCUUAAAAAAGGAACGCAACAAAACAACGAACAUGUCGGCAGGAAGCCUUCAUCAGUAAACAAAACAACAGAAAAAGCAGAGAGAUAAAUGGCUACGACGACCACAACCACCUCCAAACAGAUUUGAAGUGCCUUAUGAAAUGGACGGAAAAUGGGGCAUGACAUUUAACUAAACCAAAUGCUACACAAUGAGCAUCUCAAGAAAAAAAAUAUCAACCUAUAUGUACUCUCUAAACAAGAGCAUUCUCCAACAAGUAUCAAACAAUCCAUACCUUGGAAUUCUCUUCUCGAAUAAUCUAAAAUGGUCACCCCAUAUAAACAAAAUUUUUAAAAAAAUGUUCAUACCAUGUGAUGUCAAUGUGCAAUAAGUCAGGAUAAGCUUGUGUUUCAAAUUCACCCGGCUGGGUGUGUUUGUGCUAGCCACGAUCGUACAUAUUGAAAAGUCCGUCUUGCCCUGGUGGUCACUACUAUUGAAGUGUUUGGAGACAGGGCACUGUUUAUCUUGUGUAAUGUUACAUGUUACGGAGGUCUUCGGUACACCUGUCAGAGAGUCGACGUCCAGUCUCCCCUAUGUACGCCAUAUGGCAGCGGGUGCAGACAAUGGCAUAGACAACAUUGCAGCUUGUACGAAGGAAACCGCCGCGUAUCUGAAAACUGCUCUUAGGGAAACGUAUGUGUCGAAUCUGGACGAAAAAAGGGCAAGUGUUGCAAUGGCUGCGUCCACAUGGCUUGGUCCCAAAGUGGGAGGGGGCAGCGUUGAUGCAACUGCGCACAAGGAGGUCUCUCAGUUUUUAUCCCGCCUGAAAACAAUGAGAGAUGGGGAAGAGAAAAUUUCUUGUGUAUCUGUGUCUGCAAGUAGUAUUGAACAGGUUUUAAGGAAAACACGUUUAGCUAUAAGAUUGUGAGGGUGAUAAGGGAUAAUAAGUUUUGUCCUGCCGACAUUGUCGCUCAGACGCGGCCUGAAGGCAUCAGCACGGGUACCAUUCUGAACCCUUUGAAGGGUACUGUCUCCGGGUAAGACCUACAUUGGAAAUAGUCUAUCAUCUAGAGUGCUUUUUCCCAAAAGUCCUCCUCCGACCGACAAAGUCAACGAAGACGAAGUAAUUGAGAGCAAGGACCUAACUUAUUAUCACUGUCCAUUUUUCAGGGUUUUCCCCUUCUUUGUUUUACUCAUUUUAUAUUGUGCUAACCUGAUUGCAGUCUCUCCCCUUAUUACCCUGGUAGAUGUGCAGUUUGUUCAAGCUUGGGCAACACAGCGAUUCCUCCUCUUUAAAAAAAUGAAAAAUGAGUUAGAGAUGUUUACUUCAGUGUUAAAAAAUUUCCAAACUUCUACCAGGUUUUAUCCUACCAAUGAGCAAUGUAGGUGUAUUUUAUACUUGCGCCAUGAUGUUUGUCUUCUUUGAGGUGAUUAUAAGUCCAAGCCGUUGGUCCAUUUUUCAUUGGUAAAUUGGAACCUUUUCAUAUUAGUCAUUGCAUAGAGACUGGCAGUCCAACAACUUGCAUCAGGUCUGCAUGAGACUGGCAGUCCAAUAACCUGCAUGAGAUCUGCAUUGAGACUGGCAUUCCAAGAACUUUUACCAGAUCUGCAUGGAGACUGGCAGUCCAACAACUUGCAUCAGAUCUGCAUUGUGACUGGCAGUCCAACAACUUGCAUCAGAUCUGCAUUGUGACUGGCAGUCCAACAACUUUUACCAGAUCUGCAUUGUGACUGGCAGUCCAACAACUUGCAUCAUAUCUGCAUUGUGACUGGCAGUCCAACAACUUUUCCCAUAUCUGCAUUGUGACUGGCAGUCCAACAACUUUUACCAGAUCUGCAUUGUUACUGGCAUUCCAACAACUUGCAUCAGAUCUGCAUUGAGACUGGCAUUCCUACAACUUUUACCAGAUCUGCAUGGAGACUGGCAUUCCAACAACUUUUACCAGAUCUGCAUUGAGACUGGCAGUCCAACAACUUGCAUCAGGUCUGCCUGAGACUGGCAGUCCAAUAACCUGCAUGAGAUCUGCAUUGAGACUGGCAUUCCAAGAACUUUUACCAGAUCUGCAUGGAGACUGGCAGUCCAACAACUUGCAUCAGAUCUGCAUUGAGACUGGCAUUCCUACAACUUGCAUCAGAUCUGGUUUGAAUGUACACUGCUGAGUUUCAGUCCUUUAAGGCAUACCGGUAUUGAGAAGAAAGGAGAAUAAGUUGUUGCUGGUGUUUGGAAAGGUAUCGGAUGUUGGUCCAUUGAACACACUAUGCAUGUCCUCAUGGAAUUAAUGGUCAUACCAAUGUCCGAUCUGAUAAUUUAAGUUUUAAAAAUGUGCAUGAUGCUUUGCCAAAUGUUUAUAGAUCUUUUCUUUUCAGUUCUGUAGGGAAUCCUCAUCUUCUUCACAGGACAAUGGCAACAUUCAAUAUUGAAACUUUUCAAGGUUUUCUAACUGCAUCUAAGAUUGGAAAGAAACUUAUUUAUGAGGAGGUCACUGGCUCAACCAUGGAUGAUGCUCGACGUUUGGCUCACAACAGUAAUAUGUUAACUUCAAACAAAUUCUCUAAGGAUCUUUAAUAUUCAGAUACCAGUUAAUAAAAUAAUGUGUAAAUAAAAAAUAAAAGCAGCUCCUUCUAUAGGUCAAUUUCUUGUUUUUUCUUUCGUUUUCUUUUAAAAAUAAAUUACUUUAUGAAUCUAUAAUAAAAAAACUGGACUAUUUUUCCCUAAAAUUAUUUAAGAUUUUAGAAAUACUGCGUCAUAAAUAAUGUGUGCUAGAAACUAAUACUGUUUGAGACCUUUUAUAUUACUAGUAUAUUGUAGUUAAAGCUACAAGUUAUUCCCCUUUUUGAAGUUAUGCUUUGGGUAAAUCGGAAACACUGAAAAGAAUAAUUAAAGUACUCACUAUAAUCACACAAGUAAAUGUGCAUCUGGCAAUGCUACAAACUUCAUUUGGAUGGCUGGCAUUGAUAAUGUCUGGGGCUAAUGUAACACUUGUACAAACUAAAUUAUUUCAUGGAAUUCAAUGUUAGUGAUUAAGUCAGUCAAUAUUUUCAUGUGAUUAAACCUUAGUGAUUAAGUCAGUCAAUAUUUUCAUGUGAUUAAACCAUAGUGACUUAGUUCGUCAUGGUUCAUCCAGGGCAGUGCAUUGCUUUUCACAUGUCUCUUCUGCAUAUUUUGCAUCAUUGUUAAGGGUGUGGUCUUUUUGAGGACCCUUUUGAAAGGUCUACAUACAUGUUUUCCUCGAUAUCCAGUUUAUAUAAAUUUUAGUUAAUUUUAAAUGUGAUAAUAAUAGAAUGGGGUCUUCCAAACCAAUUUUAUGAUCAUCAGCUGUCAUUUCCAGGCUGUCACCUGCUUCAUCUUUAUACCUCUUAAUUCUUUUCCUAAUAACAGAAUCUUUUUAAGAUCUCUUUGAAGGAAUAGUAUUGAUAUCUGGAAUCUUCUCUUUUUUGAUUAUUUGUCUUGCUGACAGAAAUGGAAGUUGGUACGAUUAUGCUGACUUACUUUCAGAGCUUUACCCUACUAGAUAUAUUCAAUAUAUAUUUUGAGCUAAUCAAUGGAACCAAAUUCUUGUGAUUAGUAACAUGUAGUCAGAAUUAGAGAAAAAAUGCAUUUUUGGGUCAUUUUAGGAAGUUGAAAAAAAAAAUGUUAAAAUCCACUUCUAGUAGUGUAACGUAACAGUAAUACUAAAUAAAUGUUCCACACCUUCCUUCAGUUCAUGAAAAUCCUCACGGAACAGCAGUAAUGUCAGAGAGACAGACAAAGGCACGUGGUGCUAAAGAUCAUAAGUGGGAUGCCUCCAACACAGGGAACAUUUAUGUCUCUUUUAUCCUGCAUUUGCCCCCAGCAUUCAAAGUAUGUAGAUAACAUUCACUUAUUUAGUUAGAUAUGAUCAAACUUUAUCCAUUCAAUUUGUUACAUAUGUGCAAUGAACUUAAUUAUGUUGGUCAGUAGUGAUUCCUCUAGAAAGAUAUCAGAGUUGCAGUGUCUUGUUGACCUGAGACAUAUUUUUUACAUAAAUAAAAAAACUUUGUACAAAUUUUAUUUUUAAAAUACAGAUAACUGAAGAGUUAACCGUGCUGAAUGUACAAAUAUUCAUAAGAUACAGAUAACUGAAGAGUUAACCAUGCUGAAUGUACAAAUAUUCAUAAGAUACAGAUAACUGAAGAGUUAACCAUGCUGAAUGUACAAAUAUUUAUAUCUUCUCAUUAGGUUUUUCAGGUAAAACAUAAUAAAGCUGAUUUAUACCAAAUUUUAAAAAAUGUUUUUUUUUUAGGGGAAUGUUCAUUUUGCAGUGCUUAGGGUUAGGGUUACUACUAAAAUGUUUUAUUUGAUUUUCUUAUGCUGCAAAAUUAACUUUAAAAUUUCAGACAUAUGAGGGCAGAUUUGAUCUUGAAGUAGCAGCAUGUCUUGCAGUGUUGCAAGUAGCCCACAAACUGGGUGUAACUCAUGCCAUUCCAAAAUGGCCUAAUGAUAUUUGGGUAAAGGGACACAAACUGGCUGGAUUUUUGGUGGAGGAUGGACGAUUUGAAGUACCUGGUGAGAAGUAAAAGUGUCAUUUUUAAUGUUUUGACUUACCUUAAUCUGAUUUAAGUAAAUCUCCUGAUAUGAACUUAAGUAUGGUAACCAGACAUGCCAGUUUACGUGGGACAGUCACAGUUUUUGCAUCACUCAUCUUGUCGUCCCUAAAAUGUCAGGAAAUGUCCUGGCCUAGCGUUUUCUAUGAACUAUGUACUUUUCCCUAGAGAGGGACAAAUGUUUCUCUGAUUAACAACAUGUGAACACCAGAUUAAGGGCAAAUAAAAAUCAAUACAGUGAAACACAAGCUGGUUGUUAAAGUCAUUACAUUGAAACAUAUCCACUGUCAAGAGAGCUAUCCACUGUCCCAGGAGCUCUCCACUGCCCCGGGAGCUUUUUCCACUGCCCCGAGAGCUGUCCACUGCCCCGAGAGCUGUCCACUGCCCCGAGAGCUGUCCACUGCCCCAAUAGCUGUCCACUGCCCCGAGAGCUGUCCACUGCCCCGAGAGCUGUCCACUGCCCCGAGAGCUGUCCACUGCCCCGAGAGCUGUCCACUGCCCCGAGAGCUGUCCACUGCGCCGAGAGCUGUCCACUGCCCCGAGAGCUGUCCACUGCCCCGAGAGCUGUCCACUGCCCCGAGAGCUGUCCACUGCCCCGAGAGCUGCCCACUGCCCAGAGAGCUAUCCACUGUCCAGAGAGGUGUCCACUGUCCUGAGAGCCAACCACUGCCCUAGGAGCUAACCACUGUCUAGAGAGCUGUCUACAGUUCAGAGAGCUGUCCACUGCCCUGAGAGCUUUCCACUGCCCCGAGAGCUGUCCACUGUCCUGAGAGCUGUCCACUGUCCUGAGAGCUAUCCAUUAUCCACUGCCACGAGAGCUAUCCACUGUCCUGAGAGCUGUCCACUGUCCGGAGAGCUAUCCACUGUCCUGAGAGCUAUCCACAGUUCUGAGAGCUAUCCACUGUAAUGAAAGCUAUCUCCGCAUCUCAAAAAUAUUAAUGUGAUGAUUAUGAAAUUAUAAUUACAAUUCCCUUGUUAAUGCUUUAUAUUUUUGACAUAGAUCGGUUGUGCCAAUUUUUAUUUUUUAACAACGUGUCAAUUAUUAGUAGUUAGUUACUCUCUGACAUAAUUGUUAGUAGUUAGUUACUCUCUGACCGAAUUGUUAGUAGUUAAAAACUCUCUGACCCAAUUGUUAGUAGUUAAAUACUCUCUGACCCAAUUGUUAGUAGUUAGUUACUUACUCUCUGACCCAAUUGUUAGUAGUUAGUUACUCUCUGACAAGCUGAAUAUUGAAAGGGACAUGUGUCAAUUUCAGACUCAGAAAAUAUUAAAACAUUCCUCACAAAACAAUUCUGGUACUUUUUCACUUUAUUUUUCACAAAUAUUUCACCUGCGAUUUCUUAUUAACACAAUGUAACGUUGCAAUACGUCCAUAACCUACAGUAUACACUAAUAUACACUAAUGAAGUUCUUUGCCUCCAGGAAAGCAUCUAUUUUAGUUGAUUGUCACAAAUUGGCCUGGCUUGGGGGAGCAGGGGUUUCCCAGAGGUCAGUGUUUCUUUCAGAAAUUUUCCUGGGGGGGGCACUUCAGAUUUUUGGGGGGGCACAUUAGAUUUUUCCGGGGUGUGGGGGGGGGGGUGGGGGCAGUUCCUGUUGAUUUAGUUUUGGACAUAUUUUUUAUAGCUGAAGGAAACCCUGACCAGGGUACCGCCAGAAAAAUCUGGUCAGGGUAUCUUAAGGAUUAUGUCAAUAUUUUCAAAUAAAAAUUAUUUUUUGAUCUGCUACAUUUGAUUUAAUAGUAGAUAUUUAAUAUAAUUUAAUUUAACGUACUUGACUAAUUUAAAAAAGAGAGUUAUGAAAUGCCGUCACAAUGCGUUGAGAGCUUAAAUUUGACAGUCAUUGAAGAAAGUAAUUACGUUUGUUUGCAUACCUAUUCUAUAAGGAUCUCUGAACUGUCUCCUUAUUCUUGGAAUGGGUAUCAAUGUAAAUGCUGAUGUAAGACGCAACCCAGAGUUGCACAGCAUUGCUACAAGUCUGCUAUGUGAGAGAGAAGGAGUGUCUGUCAAUAGGUAAUCUUAGUAUAUUACAAGUAUGUCUGCUAUGUGAGAGAGGAGUGUCUGUCAAUAGAUAAUCUUAUUGUAUUACAAGUCUGCCAUGUGAGAGAGGAAUGUCUGUCAAAAGGUAGUCUUGGCAUAUUAACCUUUUACAAUCCAAAGCAAUUAUUUUGAUAUAGUGAAGGAUGGUGUCCUACUUUUAAUGUACUGGCCAACUAAACUGGCUUCAGCUAGUAGCUAGUAUGACAUGCAAUCUGUAUGUCUUUUUACUAAUAAAUUAUAAUGUCAUCCCAAUAGCUUUUAUAAGUUUCAUAUAUCUUUAUUGCAGCUGAUAAACCUAGAACUCUAAUAUUGGAAAAAUCAAACCAAGAACUCAAAUAUUGGGAAAAAUCAAACCUAGACCUCGAAUAUUGGGAAAAAUCAAACCUAGAACUCAAAUAUUGGGAAAAAUCAAACCUAGAACUCAAAUGUUGGGAAAAUCAAACCUCUAACUCAAAUAUUGGAAAAAUCGAGCCUAGAACUCAAAUAUUGGAAAAAUCGAACCUCUAACUCAAAUAUUGGAAAAAUCGAGCCUAGAACUCAAAAAUGUGAAAAAUUGAAAAUAUUGAUUUAAAUGUUACUUUUCUCAGGAGGGUUCCGGUUUUAAAAUUUAAAAAAUUGUUUUUUCCAGGGAAGAAUUCUUUGCCGAUGUUUGUUCAACACUUGAAGCCACAUUGUCUCGUCCAAGGGAUGAUCUCUUGGCUGAGUUCAGGAGAGCUAACCUCUUUCAAAGACAUGACAAUAUAUCUGUCUCGUGCCUGAUUGAAGGGAAUAUUAUAGAUGGCGAAUUCCUUAAGAUUUGUGAAAACUGGGAUGUUAAAUUAAUUGGUUUGUUUAGCUGUGUGCAAAUUUCAUUGUGAAUCAUAUAUGUCAGGCCCCCACAACUCAAAAUUUAAGGCAGCCGUAUGUUGUCAGGCCUGAUAUAUGUCCAGCUCCCGUAUUAAAGAAACUAAGACAUAGCAAAACAUUACAGAAAUCAGAAUUAAAAUGUCUCAAUAAAUAUGAAUUAACUUUAUUAUUCAUAGGUAAUUCAAUAUAGUUAUUGUGUUUAUAAUCCUAAAAAAAAAACAAUUCUAAAAAUCAAUCUUUUCUCCAAACCAGUAAUUUUCAAUCUUUUUACGUUGUUGACAUACAUUUUGAGCAUACAUUAUUUUGCAGCUGAAAUAUUUGUAUUCAAUGUGCUUCUUUUUUUUAACACUUAUAAAACUCAGUAAAUGACACACUGUUUAAACUGGGUUAUGGUUAGGGGUAUUACACUAUAAAAUUCAACAAGUGACACACAAUCUAAACUGGGUUAGGGUUUAAGUUAGGGUUUAAGUUAGGGUUUGGGUUUUUUAACACUAAUAAAACUCAUUAAGUGACACACUGUUUAAACUCCUUUUUUAAUUAGUGCUCAUCUAUUCAAUUUGUUGGAUGCAGGUUUUGUUACUAAGAAGAAGUUAAUCAGAAAGAAAUUAUAUUUGAAAAUGCAAUCUAAAUCAUAAUUUUUGUAGUAACAUACACAAAUAUCCCUUUAAAAUGAACAUUAGUCACUACAUUAAUACAAAAAUGCUUGAUGUUGCAGACAAAGUCAAUGGUGAAACACGUAACUGCAGCUCACAGAACUUCACCAUCCGUCCUAAAGUUGUGAAUAAGAUCAUUGUGGUGUCUACUGGAAUCCAGAGUAACAAAUCAGCAGCAAAUCUUUCUCAGUGGCUGCUAUCCAUUGUGGAUACAUCCAAAUUUGUUGUGUGUUUGGUGCCGGAGUCAUCCAUUACAAAUUCAGGUAUGUACAAUUUCAGGUAUGUGCAAGUUCAGGUGUGUGAAAGUUCAGGUAUGUACAAGCUCAGAAAUGUACAAGUUCAGGUAUGUGCAAGUUCAGGUGUGUGAAAGUUCAGGCACAUACAAGUUCAGAAAUGUACAAUUUCAGGUAUGUGCAAGUUCAGGUGUGUGAAAGUUCAGGUAUGUACAAGCUCAGAAAUGUACAAGUUCAGGUAUGUGCAAGUUCAGGUGUGUGAAAGUUCAGGCACAUACAAGUUCAGAAAUGUACAAGUUCAGGUAUGUGCAAGUUCAGGUGUGUGAAAGUUCAGGCACGUACAAGUUCAGGUAAUAAUGCUAAGAUUUAACUCUCCAAUUUUACCUCUUAUACUUGGCAACUUGGGAGAUGUUCAGAUAUCAUCUCUCAUAUUUUUGAGAUGUUCAGAUAUCAACUCUCAUACUUGGAAGAUGUUCAGAUAUCAACUCUCAUACUUGGGAGAUGUUCAGAUAUCAUCUCUCAUACUUGUGAGAUGUUCAAAUAUCAUCAUGUUUCAUACUUGUGAGAUGUUCAGAUAUCUUCUCUCAUACUUGAGAGAUGAUCAGAUAUCAUCUCUCAUACUUGGGAGAUGUUCAGAUAUCAUUUCUCAUACUUGGUACUUUUGUUGACAAUAUCUUGGUUUGUUUAUCACAUUUUUAGAAAAAAAUAAAAUUUUGGUUUUUUGCUGACAUUUUUUUGUUGCUGAUGACAUCCGAAUUUCUUAAGAAAUGUUAUAUUUUUAAUCAAAUACUCUCCUACUAAAUUUAUUUUAACUUUUCAUCCCCACAACCUAAAAGCUUGCUCUCUGGUUCUGAAAAACCGCUCAAUUCUGAUGGCAGACCCUGUCACAAAUGAGAUUUUCAGAAAACCUCCUCUUUUCGCUUUCCGGAGGGACAAGAGCCUUAGGGACAUGCUAGCUGGAAGCCACCUCCCUGCUAUUAAAGCACAUAAAGGCACAAAAAGUUGCAACCGUAGCCGUUGUAACUCAUGUCCAUACAUGAUUGAAACUGAUAAGAUCAUUUUCCCUCUGGAAGUAUUCAGAAUAAAAGAUGGCUUUACCUGCACAAGUCGCAAUGUGAUUUACACCAUCAUUUGCAAAAACUGCGUUAAAUUAUACAUAGGAGAGACAGGUCGUCGCCUUGGGGAUCGUUUCAGAGAACAUCUCUACAACAUAAAUAAACACGCUCUCUGUCCGGUCUCCAAACAUUUCCAUAACCCUAACCAUGAUGGUAUCUCAGACAUAGCAGUUACUGGUAUACUCUAUACUAGUAACACUGCAGAUAGAAUCUAUAUAGAAAAACAAAUUAAUAACUAGAUUUGGUAAGUUGUCUCCAUAUGGAAUGAACCAAAUCCACAAUUUUACCUAACUGCCAUGUCUUUUUCCUGUUUGCUUUUUACAAUUAUGUUCAAAUCACUUCCUUUCUACUCCUCUUUACUUUGUUUUUGUCUGGUUUUAGCGCUUUCUCCUAUUUUACUGUUUUAGGUAGGAUAUGUAUAUUUAUAUUAUGUAAAUUUAAUUUAUACUUAUUUAAAUGUGUUUUGUUUGUUUGUACUGAUGAAGGCAUGUGCCGAAACGUUUACUUGUGUAUAAUGUAUAAUUAUUAAAGCAUUAUUAAUAUUGUUAUAUUGACACAAUUUGUUAGUGUCUUAUUAAUCUAUUUUAAAGCUUUAUUGCAGUCCAACACUUUUUAACAUUUGUGUUCAAAGUACAUGUGCUAUUCCCUACAAUAUAAUGCACUACAAACUAUGUUUAAAUGUACAUGACCUAUUCCUUACAAGAUGUGUGGAUGAAGACAUGCUCACUUUUAGUCCUGGCUGAGAACAUCUGUGAGCCAGACUCUCUCAGUUCUAAAGUUAGCAGCUUUCUAAAGUCAGGAGGAUCUGUGAUGUCCAAUGGAAUGGGGUCACUCUUCUUGGCCAAGGUUUUAGGUAAAUAUUUGCGUGGGCUUAUGUGUGGUGUGUUUGAUGGGUCACUCUUCUUGGCCAAGGUUUUAGGUAAAAGUGUGUGUGCUUGUGUGUGGUUUAUUUGUGUGUUUGAUGGGGUCACUCUUCUUGGCCAAAGUUUUAGGUAAAAUUGUGUGUGCUUGUCAUUUUAUGAGUGGGUUUUACUUAGUAAUUUACAAAUUUUUUGUGGCUGAGUGUUUUAUAGAAUAACAAUUUUUAAGUAAAUGUUAGGGUUAAUACCACUUUUUAAGUUAGGGUUAGGGUUAAUACCACUUUUUAAGUCUCCUUCUCAGACCAGAUCAAAUGUAAUAAGUCUCAUUCUCUGACCAGAUCAAUUAUAAUAUGAAUAUAUUACCUAAAAAUUAUGAUCUGCUUGGCCUUUAGAUUCGUCUGUGAAGAUUUACAUUGCAAAGUUUAGAUAAGAAAUGAAAGAUGUCUGGAACUGAGAAAACUUCUUAUAGAGUUUUAGAUGCAUUUAAGAACCAAUUGAAAAAAAAAAUAUUAGAACUAUUAAUUCUUUAUAUCACAUAUUUUCUAGGCCAUAAAUAUAUUCCAGAAAUGAACUAGCUUUCUGGUAGUUGGUUAUCAAAAUGUUAAAGUUUGAAAGGUUAGAAAUAUAAUUUUGUUUUUUCAGAUGUUCCACUGAAAGAAGUCUUAUUGGAUUCAGCCGACUCCAUUACAGAUGUUGGCCAUGUACACCUUCAAGUCCAAGUGACGGUUGAAUCUACAAAAAAUAUCCCUCACCCCCUCGUUGAUUCUAAACAGUUUUCAACAGUGAUGUCAUCUGCAAGACAGGAUGUAUUCAUUAUGGUGUCCUCCAGUGUUGAGCCUGUCAUUUUUCCCACAACACCUGUCUGCUUUCAGUUUUUUGAGGAUGAAAAAGCUCUUCUGUCCGAAAGUCACAUGCCAAGAGAUAAUUUGGCCAAUAAAGAAACUGUAAAAAGUCCAUGUUUUGAAAAUGAGCCGAGGCCAGAAUCGACAAAUGCAAAGGAAGAAGGAAAAUGUGAGCAGACACAGCUGAAGGCCUUCUAUGUGAACAUUGAAGAAAACAACAAGACAUUGGCUGUGUUCACAUUAAAAAUUCAAAAUGGUGGUAAUGUUGCUUUAUGGGGAUUUGAUGCUGGCAUUAUGUCCCCUUCUACACAGGAAGAAGUUUCAGGAGUUAAAAGCCAUGUUGAGUCUGAUGCAGUCCAUAUGGACAGAUUCAAGCGGGACAAAUUAUUGUCACAAGUGUUAGACAUUUUAUUAAAAUAGUGGGGAGAGCUCAUUGUAGGCAAGCACAAAGUGGUUGGGAGGGGGGAGCCCCCCCUAAAAAAGUGCAGGUGCAACAGGGGGAAAGGGGUGUGAAAAGUUGAAUUUAUUCGCCAAGUAAUAAAUGCAUGUCCACUUUUUUCACCUGAUUUACUUUCACUUUCAUUUUGAAGUGUCUGUUUUAGAAUUAACAAUUUUAUAGGGAUCUUAGCAGUGCCUUCUUUAAAUAGAACACCGUUUCUCGUUUGUUCCAGACUUAAUUUGAUUUAAUAAAGUAAAGUUAUAGAUGGUUUGGCUAAUAGUUUUCUUUAGGAGACAAAAAAUAUCUUAAUAAUACUUACUCUUUCCAUACCAAUACUGAUUUAUCUAUUUUUAAAACCCUAACCCGCUCAUACUCAUUGGGACCUUUUUAUUUUAUUCCACUUAAUUUAAUAUAAAAAUUUUACUUUGCUGUGGUGGAACAGCUUUUUAUCUUUUUUUCGGUCUGUUUUAUUUUCUUUUUUUCUCCACUGAAAUUUCAGUCAGUCCAAACACGACAAAAACUCAGAGUAAGAGUAAGCUAAGUGGCAACUUAAUUAUAAAAUUAUUAAGUGAAGAAAAAAGCAACCAAAAAUAAAGAUGUAGCCUACUCCAUAAGACUUUGUCCUAUUCCUAUUCACUACCGAUAUUUUGUCAUUUAAUUUUCUAAAGUUUUACUGCAUCCCUACACUUUCUUAUGACGGCCAUGCAGCUUGGCAGGCCUAAUAAGAUAGAAGUUUUUACACUUUACAAGACAGUAUAUUUUCUUGUCAGUUUAUUAAUUGUUAUAUUUGUGAAAUUAAAAUCAGUUCCUGAGCUUUGAAGAAAAUAUUCAUAAGUAAUCCUGGUGUAUUGUUGAUGAAGUUUUUGGUUUUAUUUAAAUACAAUUGAUGUAUAUUUUAUUGGAAUACUGUAUGAAAUGUAUUGGCUAAGAAAUGGCAGUUAUAAAAAGAUGGAUUUAGUUAGAAAUUACACCUAAAAUUUAAAAAAUUAUUUUUUAAAUAGACGAAUAAAUUUGAAAAAUAAACAUUGAUUGAAUUUUACCCCUCUUCCCCACCCCCCAUUCCUACACACUAGCUGGAAUAAUUAAUAAUUAUAAAAAUUUUGUUUUUAUGAAGUUGGCCUUUAAUUUUUGUCCGGAAAAUAUUUGUUAAAUUUCACAUAAUGAAUGGAAAAAUCUAACCUAAGACCUAUUUACUUAGGUUAACUUUAAUUCACUCAGACUUAAGUUCAAUAGUCCUUUUCAUGUAACUAGUCCUAGAACUAGAAGACCUUAUUUUCAUUUUCCCAAGCUUACAAUAUAAUGCCAUUCUCAAAUGGAGCUCUUAAGUCUUCUAACGGAUCUGUUAAGGCUUCAAAUGUAGCUCUCAAGUCUUCAAAUGUAGCACUUAAGUCUUCAAAUUUAGCACUUAAAUCUUCAAAUGUAGCACUUAAGUCUUCAAGUGUAACUCUUAAGUCUUCCAAAAGAGCUCUUAAGUUUUCAAAUGGAGCUCUUAAGUCUUCUAAUCGUGCGCUUAAGUCUUUUAUUGGAGCUCUUAAGUCUUCUAAUGGACUCUUUAGUCUUCUAAUGGACCUCUUAAGUCUUCUAAUGGAGCUCUUAAAUCUUCUAAUGGAGCUCUUAAAUCUUCUAAUGGAACUCUGAAGUCUUCUAAUGGAGCUCUGAAGUCUUCAAAUUGAGCUUUUAAGUCGAAUGGUAUAUAUAUUUCUUGUCAAUGUUUUUAGAUCAAUCUUUUUUCAACAGAACUGCAGUAUUUAACACAAUCUUUGAUAUGGUAUUACUAAGAUUUUCCUUUUUUGAUGUCAGUGAUGAGUACCUUACUGCAAUUGAUCAAGCUGCUGAUUGUUAACUAACUUAAUUGCAGUUUAUUUGUACACCUAAUGUUAUCACUUUGAAGAAAGUUGUGCUACAGCCUUUUAGAGUGAUAGUACCCAUAUGUAAUGUCACUUUAAUAUAUUCAUUUACCUCAUCUCGAUUAUAUUGAGAACCCUUGCAAUUUGAUAAAUUAUUUUAUUUUGUUGGGUUUUAAAUGGGCGUUGGUUUAAAAAUCUGAAAAAAAUAUUGUUUUUUCUUAAUAAUAAUGUUUUCAGCUGAUUCUUCUGUUAUACAUAAAUCAGAUAUUUUUUCAAAUUUCCAACACACAUUUACCCAUACCACUGUCCUGCUCCCACAUGGUUUGUCACUGAGUUGUACCCUAUUAUUUAUGUUCAUUAAUGACCUACCAGACGAGCUACAGGUGGAGAUGGCACUCUAGGCAGAUGACCUUGUGAUGUGGCAUACUUGACGUGCAAAGAUGUCUUAAAAGAGACUUGAUCAGGCUCAGUACAUACUGUGAAAAGUGGAAAAUUAAAUUUAAGAACACAGACGUUAUACUCUGUCUUCAAAGACGCAAGGUAGCCAAACAGAACAUGGCACUAUCAAUACAGAGCAUCAUACCCAACAUUUCUAGGUGUCCAUUUAGGUAACUCAAUCUAAAAAAGCAUGUUCAAAUGUUUUGUGAAGUUUAUGUGAUCAAUAUAUUUCUUGUGGCAUUGAUUGAUUGUUGGCACGACUGUUUUAGAUCUGCUAAUCAUUUAACAGGGAA